UCAUCGCUAUCUCAACCUCUUGCCGGUCUCCCACGCUGACCAUUCGCCCCCCCUCCCUCACGAAUCUCACGAACCCUUUUUUUAUUAUUUCCCCAAUUCGAUCGGCUCAGUCCUUCUCGAUCGAUCGAUCGAUCCGUUCAGGAGCUCGCGAUCACAAUCCGUCGUCCUGAGUUUCUCCUUCUUCGCUCAUCCCGAUACUUGGAUUGAUUCGGAAAAUCGGAUCGGAUUGAAAGGAGGGAGACGAAGCGAGAGAGAGAAUGUACGUGAAGGCGGUGCCUCCGACGGAUCUGAACAGGAACACCGAGUGGUUCACGUAUCCUGGAGUGUGGACGACGUACAUCCUCAUCGUGUUCAUCUCGUGGCUGAUUGUCCUCUCGCUCUUCAAUUGCUCGCCCGGGAUGGCCUGGACCAUCGUCAAUCUCUCCCACUUCCUCGUAACUUAUCAUUUCUUUCAUUGGAAGAAGGGCACGCCAUUUUCCGAUGACCAGGGAAUUUACAAUGCUUUGACUUGGUGGGAACAGAUAGACAAUGGCAAGCAACUCACUCGGAAUAGGAAGUUUUUGACUGUUGUUCCUGUGGUGCUGUAUCUCAUAGCCUCACACACAACAGACUAUAAGAACCCAAUGCUCUUCCUUAACACAUUGGCAGUAUUCGUAUUGGUGGUAGCAAAGUUUCCCAAUAUGCACAAGGUACGUAUAUUUGGAAUAAAUGGUGAUCACUAACCGGAGGCUUCCUAGGUGGAUUAUUUUGGGAUAUAUGAGCCAAUGGUGAUGUUGCUGUGCCGUGUGAGAGCUGAGAACUGGAAGAUGUAUUUUUCCCCCUUUGCUUUUAAGGAUUUAAUGUAUGAUGCUCCUAGUUACACAUCAAACAGAAAAAGUAUAUUCUUCUUAGCCCGGAUCCCUAGGAUGAAUGUCUUCUUACAGAUAUCAGGUGAAGCUUAUUGCUUUGCUAUUUUGCUCACCUUUCAUGGGGAUCUUCUUAUCUUUCCUAUAGCUUAAUGAUGAUUUUUGCUCUA